AGGGGGGCAGCGGUGUGGGAUGGGGAGGGGUCCCGAGUCCCCCGCGGGUCGGGCUGGCGCUUCCCAGCAAUAAGCAGAGCUGCCCAGCCUGUGCACGCUGGGGACCCCCGGUGCAGCCGAGCCCGUCCCACCGGGGAGGGGUGGGGGUGUCCGCCCGCUCCGGGCCGCCCCGUCCCGGCGCCUCGCCGGGGCUUGCGCGGCUGCCGGGCGCCGGGAAUGCCUGACACGCAGCUCUUCCCCCGGCCCUCCCGAGCGGGGAGCGGGCUGGUGUCGUCUUACACGCCUUAUAUAGACCGCAGCGGCCCGGGGAGAGCGGGGGCACGCUGGCCCCCGGCCCUGCAGCCGGCCCGGGCGAGGCGCGGGGAGCCCCGCGGCCGGCCCUGUCCGCCCGCGGCAGGACGGGCCUGGGGCCGUUCGUGGGGGUCUGGCGGCUUCUUGCAGAGAUGGGCGACAUGGAGUCCUACAAGGUGAUGCUGAAUGGGCCGGCACCCUGGGGCUUCAGGCUGCAGGGAGGGAAGGAUUUCAGCAUGCCGCUCUCCAUCUCCAGGCUGACUCUGGGUGGGAAGGCAGCCCAGGCCGGCGUGGGAGUGGGCGACUGGGUGCUGUACAUCGACGGGGAGAGCACCAGUGCCAUGACACACAUCGAGGCCCAGAACAGGAUCCGUGCCUGCGGGGACAGACUCUGCCUCACCUUGAGCAGAGCCCAGAACCAGCUGGGGAAGCCGCAGAAGGUGCUGAGCCUUGACAAGCAGCCCCCACAGCUGCUGGAGUCCCCCAACACCCCAGUGUGUGACCCAGUGAAGCUGCGGAUGUUAGAGGACAUUGAUGACUCCAAGCCCCACAGCUGGACCUCCCAGUCCCGUUCCUUCCGCAAACUGUCGCGCCUGGUGGGCGCAGACGCCAUGGAGGAUGGUGAGGACGAGCUUGUUAAAAAGCCCAGGGAUGCCCAUGGGCCCAGCUGGGGCACGGUGGAGCAGUGGGAGCCCCCACAGCCUCUGGAGCCCCCCAGCACCCCCGGGUGUGACCCUGGGAAGUUGAGGAUGUUAGAGGAUGCUGAGGACUGGCAGCCCCGCACCGGGACCUCGCAGUCCCGCUCCUUCCGCAAGCUGGCCCAGCUGACGGGCACAGAUGGCAUGGAGGAUGGUGAGGAUGAAUUUAUUAAAAAGCCCAGGGAUGCCCAUGGGUCCAGCUGGGGCACGGGGCAACAUCGGCAGCCCCCGCAGCCCCUGGAGCCCCCCAGUGACACUGUGUGUGACCCAGUGAAGCUGAAGAUGUUAGCGGACAUUGUGGACUCAAAGCCCCACACCUGGACCUCCCAGUCCCGCUCCUUCCGCAAGCUGGCCCGGAUGGUGGGCGCCAGCAGCAUGGAUGAUGGUGAGGAUGAGCCCGUUAAAAAGCCCAGGGAAUCCCACGGGUCCAGCUGGGGCAUAGUGGAGCAGCGGGAGCCUCUGGAGCCCCCCAGCACCCCCGGGUAUGACCCUGGGAAGCUGCGACUGAUGGAGGACGCUGAGGGCUGGCAGCCCCGCACCGGGACCUCGCAGUCCCGCUCCUUCCGCAGGCUGGCCCAGCUGACGGGCACAGAUGAGAUGGAGGACGGUGAGGAUGAGAUUGUUAAAAAGCCCAGGGAUGCCCACGGGUCCAGCUGGGGCACGGUGGAGCAGCGACAGCCCCCACAGCCUCUGGAGCCCCCCAGCACCCCCGGGUGCAACCCCGGGAAGCUGCGACUGAUGGAGGACGCUGAGGACUGGCAGCCCCGCACCGGGACCUCGCAGUCCCGCUCCUUCCGCAGGCUGGCCCAGCUGACGGGCACAGAUGAGAUGGAGGAUCAUGAUGAUGUGUUUGUUAGGAAGCCCAGCCAGGUCUCCGUGCCGGACCCAUCCCCAGGAGCAACGAUGAAGACUGAGCCAGGACUGGCCCCCAGGACCCCCAGUGCCACCCCCAGCCCCACCAGCCGCCCGCCCUGGGCUGUGGACCCCUCGUUUGCCGAGCGCUACGCCCCGGACAAGACGAGCACGGUGGUGAGCAAGCACAGCCAGCCGGCCACGCCGACCCCCAUGCAGAACCGCAGCUCCAUCGUGCAGGCAGCCCAGCAGGCCCCCGAGGGGCCCGGCCGCACCCCGCUCUGCUACAAGUGCAACAAGGUCAUCAGGGGACGGUACCUCGUGGCGCUGGGACAUUAUUACCACCCCGAGGAGUUCAUCUGCUGCCAGUGCAGGAAGGUGCUGGAUGAGGGUGGCUUCUUUGAGGAGAAGGGCUCCAUCUUCUGCCCCAAGUGCUACGACACGCGCUACGCACCCAGCUGCGCCAAGUGCAAGAAGAAGAUCACUGGGGAGGUGAUGCACGCACUGAAGAUGACCUGGCACGUGCAGUGCUUCACCUGCAACGCCUGCAAAACUCCCAUCCGCAACCGAGCCUUCUACAUGGAGGAGGGACAGCCCUACUGCGAGAGAGACUAUGAGAAGAUGUUUGGCACCAAGUGCCGCGGCUGUGACUUCAAGAUCGAUGCUGGGGACCGGUUCCUGGAGGCGCUGGGGUUCAGCUGGCACGACACUUGCUUUGUCUGUGCGAUCUGCCAGACCAACCUGGAAGGGAAGACGUUCUACUCCAAGAAGGACAAGCCGCUGUGCAAGAGCCACGCUUUCUCCCAUGUGUGAGGGGUGGGAAUUCAGCUGUGCCCACACAUGCCCCUGGCCCUGCAUGCUCCUCUCCCCCUGCCCUGCUGGCCCCAGGGAGCCAGGCUGGGCCCUUGGCCCUUUCCCUUGCUCCUGCCUCUUUCCUGGUAGCUCCU